ACUGCCUGUGCAACUGGAACAUUGCCAUGUGCUAAGUAACGGUCUUCCAAGUUCGUAGGUUCGUUCAUCGUUGGACAUGUGCAUGUGAGAUGUAAUAGAUGAGGAGUUGAGAAGUUGGUAGAUUGGACAAUAGCGCAACCCUCCAUUGCAUCAAGGUCGCAGUGUUGGUAACCACCUGUAUAUGUAAGCUACCUACCGUAACCAACCGUACGACUUCCUGGUGCUUGGUAGUCUUAUGAACCACCUUGCUCCAACUUCCAAGUUAUCUUAAAAUCCCGUAUCCCGCCACCUCUUCAACUUCCGCAAUCUCGCUACCUAGGUAUAAUAAGCCACCGAAAAAGCAUGUCCGAAUCCACUACUUUCGACUACGUUAUAGUUGGCGGGGGUCUCAGUGGCUGCGCUUUAGCUUCCCGCCUCAGAAGCUCGAAACCUGAUAGCUCUAUCCUAGUCGUCGAAGCUGGCCCGGACCCCGCUCCGGAACACGAUGUCGUAUCGCUGUUAGGAGGCUUCGCUCUACAGGGCAGCGCACUGGACUGGCAAUUUCCUACGGCUGCAACUCCGUCCACAGCCGGUCGCACGCACACUCUCACAGCCGGAAAGACCCUAGGCGGCGGAAGCGUACUCAACUACGGCGGAUGGUCCCGCGGUGAUCCCCCAGACUACGACACAUGGGCGACGAAGCUAGGUGGGGAUAAACGUUGGACCUAUUCGGGGCUAUUACCUUACUUCAAGCGAUCUGAACGAUUCUUCGAUGCGAAUGCCGACGCCGAGUCACACGGUUUCGAAGGUCCCUUGAAAGUUACCCCGGUCAGCGGGAGUCACGAAACGAGGAAGUACCCCCUUCGCAAUCCCAUCGAGAAAGGAUGGAAGGAGCUCGGCGUGGAAAGAAACCCUGACCCUUUCGUGGGCGGCUUGUCUGGACUGUGCGAAUAUUACGAGAGCUGGGAAAACGGGGAAAGGCGACCAAGCCAUCUCGCCUACCCUCUGGACGGCAUCACCGUGAAGACGUCCUGCCCGGUCUCCCAAAUCCUGUUUGACAAAGCUGGCGCACAGCCAAAGGCGACCGGAGCUAAGCUGGCAAAUGGCGAGACGGUCACCGCAAAAAAAGAAAUCAUCUUAUCUGCCGGCUCGCUGCAGACGCCACGCCUCCUACUCCGCUCAGGCGUCGGUGACCCCUCAAGCCUAUCCGCGCGCGGCAUUCCCCUAGUCCAGCCCCUCCCCAGCGUAGGUCAGCAAUAUUUCGACCACUUUGCCCUAUUUCAGUGGUUCAAGCUCAAGGACCCUUCGCGCGGGCUCGCCGUAGGCCAUCCAAGCCUAGCCGACCCAGUGUUCGUAGCCGGAAUGCCGGCCGACUGGAACAACAACGAAGGUCCUCCACGCCACGUCUUAGAGAAGGCUCUCGACGAAGAUGGCGUCAUCGGGGCUGAGCGAGAAGCCCUACUUCAGCCAGGGCGCGUUUUUGUGGAGACUCUCGUCGUCUAUCACCCAUUAGCCCCCGCAUUCCCUCUCGACGGAAGCAUCGUCUGCACCUCCGUCAUGCUUACACUGCCGAGCAGCCGCGGUCGCGUAUCGUUGGCUGAAGAUAUCGACAGCGCGACACCGCUCAUCGAACCUAACUAUUUCACCACCGCGCUCGAUCGUGCAUGUCUCAUCCACGGCGUCAGACGCGUACUCAAACUGAUGCUCGGCACUGAAGCGUUGAGAGACUACGUGGAGACGGAGGUGGUGUUUCCAGGACUGACAGCGCUGACUCCAGAAUCGACCGACGCCGAGAUCGAGGAGAGGAUUAGAGCGGUCGGGGUGGCCCACUUUCACGCGGCGGGGAGCUGCCCCAUGGGCACGGUGAUAGAUGGAGAUCUCAAGGUUAAGGGGGUGCAGGGUCUUCGAAUCUGCGAUGCCAGCAUCUUCCCAAGCCCCGUGGGCGGACAUCCGAUGGCGAGCUUGUACGGCGUUGCAGAACAAGCUGCUGAUAUCAUCGCAGCUGAGGCUUGAGACAGGAAAAGCAUAUUCGCUGUGUGCUAGCUUGCUGCUUGGUUGCUUGGUUACUGGUACUUGCCUAGGAGAUAGCAUCAGCAUUUAAUGUCAGCUAUAUGUACUUACUUUUAAGGACCAGGUACGAGGCAACCGGCCACAAAUUUAUUAGUCCCGUGUUCGUGCCUACCUCAAUAUCUGAGCAGUGUUAAGACCAGGCAGCCAGGUAAGUUGCGGGGCGAUUGCUAGCCCAGCAGCCCAGCAGCCCAGGCAGUCCAGGCAGUCCAGGCAGUCCAGGCAACCCAG